AUGUCUUGCGGAAAGCGUCCUCUCGUGAAGAUGUGGGACAAACCCCGGGAGAUUCGAGUCAUCAAACCAUCUCGCUUUGAACAGAACGAAGCCUCCGUCAAACUACACUGGAAAAACGUUCUCCGCCAGUUGGAGCUGUCGUAUAAAGAUGAAGCAUUUUGGGAAUCUCAAAGUGAAACGGUGAAGGAGCUGGUCGGUCCCAAGAUCUUCCGCCGCAUCGUCAAGAUCUUCAACCUGCAUCUCGAUGAGAAGCCUUACGAGCCUCUGUCGGAGUCCAUGUCUCUGGAACCUUCGGAAAUGUUCUACGAAGCGGCAGGAGGAGGCGAGGGGCCGAUGGGUCCGUCGUAUUCUGCGAGCGACUUCGAUGGAGACAUGUACGACGACAUGGAUGAAGAGGAUGACGAGACCGGUCUGCGGGACCAGUCGGAGCUGUGGACUGUCUCCUCGGUCUCCACGACCGAACCCAGGAAACUGUCCCGUUCAAAAUCCGUACUGAGAUCUAAAUCUUUCAGCGCCAAGUCGAUUAGUAAGUCUCUGAGCAGAGUGUCUCGUACAAGGAGUAAGUCUAUUUCGAGACAUUCCAGACUUUUUAAGUCGACUUACUCGAUGGCCGACGAGCCUGCUUCCUCAGCGGAUGACUUGAGAGUCCACGUCAGUGAAGUAACCAUGAGACAAGGUUACAUGCGACGGAGAGGAAAAAACCCCCACUUUGAUAUGCUCUACUGCAAUAAAUCGGAAACCGAUAUGAUAAAAUGGAAGUCGAAAUAUAAACAGAAGACUUUCGAAGUUUCCGCCUCGGACGAGUUCAGUAAGAAGGCCGAGAUAAUGACCAAAAAAAUCGCUAAAGAUUUCUACGACUGGUGGGUCGAGCUCGGCAACUUGGAGUUCAAGAGUGAAAUCAAACGACCCGAAGAUAUCGAAGAUCUAUUUCAAGUCUGGUUUGACGAGCACGCGUCCCGGGGCCUCAUCCUUGAUCCGAAGAUACUGCCUUGUGUACUACCGAGUAUAGCUGCCAGCGUCGGAGUCAAGAAGGCAUCUUGUCCGAGAGUAUUGAAGCGACAGAUCGCAUUCGACAUCGCGGCAGAGAGAAGCGCCGCCGCUGAGAAGAGGUUGAGGACCAAGGGCGUGGUGAGAGCCAAGGAACAGCUGGGAGCCGCUGAGAGCACGUGGCAGCCGAUCAAGAUACCCGAGGACUUGAAGAGCAUGGCCUGUGUAUGGGAUGAAGUACAGCAUCUCACUUCAACGAAGGCGUUCCACCAAUGGUUGCAAAAGCGACCUCAUCUGGCGAUGCCGCCCUACCUCAAGUCUUUGGAGAGUCCUGGCGAUAAGAAACAACUGUUCGUUGUACCCUCCGACUACAUCCUCAAAGAAAAAGCUUCAGCAGCCUCCGUCCAAGACUUGGCUCUGCCGGUUUCGGAAUUCUCAUUGGAAUUAAAAGAAGUUCUGAGCAAGCUCCUCAAUGAUUAA